AUGACACAUAAUGGCGAGAAGCCUUUUCAUUGUAGCCACUGUGAUGCCAAAUUUACUCAUAAAGCUAACUUACAAAGACACCAGCUGAUACAUACUGGGAAGAAGCCCUUUAAAUGUAGCUAUUGCGACUACAUGUGUAGGCAGAAACAAGAUUUGCUAGCACACCAGAGAAUACACACCGGAGAGAAGCCGUACAAAUGUAGUUAUUGUGACUACAAGAGCACUGCAAGGUCAAGCUUACGAUCACAUGAAAUGACACAUAAUGGCGAGAAGCCUUUUCAUUGUAGCCACUGUGAUUCCAAAUUUACUCAGAAAGCUAACUUACAAAGACACCAGCUGAUACAUACUGGGAAGAAGCCCUUUAAAUGUAGCUAUUGCGACUACAUAUGUAGGCAGAAACAAUACUUGCUAGCACACCAGAGAAUACACACCGGAGAGAAGCCGUACAAAUGUAGUUAUUGUGACUACAAGAGCACUGCAAGGUCAAGCUUACGAUCACAUGAAAUGACACAUAAUGGCGAGAAGCCUUUUCAUUGUAGCCACUGUGAUUCCAAAUUUACUCAGAAAGCUAACUUACAAAGACACCAGCUGAUACACCAGAGAAUACACACCGGAGAGAAGCCGUACAAAUGUAGUUAUUGUGACUACAAGAGCACUGCAAGGUCAAGCUUACGAUCACAUGAAAUGACACAUAAUGGCGAGAAGCCUUUUCAUUGUAGCCACUGUGAUGCCAAAUUUACUCAUAAAGCUAACUUACAAAGACACCAGCUGAUACAUACUGGGAAGAAGCCCUUUAAAUGUAGCUAUUGCGACUACAUAUGUAGGCAGAAACAAUACUUGCUAGCACACCAGAGAAUACACACCGGAGAGAAGCCGUACAAAUGUAGUUAUUGUGACUACAAGAGCACUGCAAGGUCAAGCUUACGAUCACAUGAAAUGACACAUAAUGGCGAGAAGCCUUUUCAUUGUAGCCACUGUGAUUCCAAAUUUACUCAGAAAGCUAACUUACAAAGACACCAGCUGAUACAUACUGGGAAGAAGCCCUUUAAAUGUAGCUAUUGCGACUACAUAUGUAGGCAGAAACAAUACUUGCUAGCACACCAGAGAAUACACACCGGAGAGAAGCCGUACAAAUGUAGUUAUUGUGACUACAAGAGCACUGCAAGGUCAAGCUUACGAUCACAUGAAAUGACACAUAAUGGCGAGAAGCCUUUUCAUUGUAGCCGCUGUGAUGCCAAAUUUACUCAUAAAGCUAACUUACAAAGACACCAGCUGAUACAUACUGGGAAGAAGCCCUUUAAAUGUAGCUAUUGCGACUACAUAUGUAGGCAGAAACAAUACUUGCUAGCACACCAGAGAAUACACACCGGAGAGAAGCCGUACAAAUGUAGUUAUUGUGACUACAAGAGCACUGCAAGGUCAAGCUUACGAUCACAUGAAAUGACACAUAAUGGCGAGAAGCCUUUUCAUUGUAGCCACUGUGAUUCCAAAUUUACUCAGAAAGCUAACUUACAAAGACACCAGCUGAUACAUACUGGGAAGAAGCCCUUUAAAUGUAGCUAUUGCGACUACAUAUGUAGGCAGAAACAAUACUUGCUAGCACACCAGAGAAUACACACCGGAGAGAAGCCGUACAAAUGUAGUUAUUGUGACUACAAGAGCACUGCAAGGUCAAGCUUACGAUCACAUGAAAUGACACAUAAUGGCGAGAAGCCUUUUCAUUGUAGCCACUGUGAUGCCAAAUUUACUCAUAAAGCUAACUUACAAAGACACCAGCUGAUACAUACUGGGAAGAAGCCCUUUAAAUGUAGCUAUUGCGACUACAUGUGUAGGCAGAAACAAGACUUGCUAGCACACCAGAGAAUACACACCGGAGAGAAGCCGUACAAAUGUAGUUAUUGUGACUACAAGAGCACUGCAAGCCACUGUGAUUCCAAAUUUACUCAGAAAGCUAACUUACAAAGACACCAGCUGAUACAUACUGGGAAAAAGCCCUUUAAAUGUAGCUAUUGCGACUACAUGUGUAGGCAGAAACAAUACUUGCUAGCACACCAGAGAAUACACACCGGAGAGAAGCCGUACAAAUGUAAGAGCACUGCAAGGUCAAGCUUACGAUCACAUGAAAUGACACAUACUGGCGAGAAGCCUUUUCAGUGUAGCCACUGUGAUUACAAAUGCAGUAGGAAAUCACACUUACAAAAACACCUGAUGAUGCAUACUGGGGAGAAGCCCUUUAAAUGUAGCUAUUGCGACUACAUGUGUAGGCAGAAACCAGACUUGCUAGCACACCAGAGAAUACACACCGGAGAGAAGCCGUAGUUAUUGUGACUACAAGAGCAGUGAAAGGUCAAACUUACGAUCACAUGAAAGGACACAUACUGGCGAGAAGCCUUUUCAGUGUAGCCACUGUGAUUACAAAUUCAGUCAGAAAGUAAAUUUAAGAAAACACCAGAAGGCGUGCACUAUUUAAAAGUCAUGUAAAUGUAGUAAUUGCGAAUACAAGUGCAGGCGGAAAAGACAAAUCAACAGAUAACACACAUCGGCGAGCUUUUUAGGGUUCCGUACCUCAAAAGGAAAAAACGGAACCCUUAUAGAAUCAUUUAGAAUCAUUUAUUCAUCAAUUGUGCAUUACAGGUAAUGAAUACAGGUGUUAUAAACAAUUUGUUCUCUGUAAUAUGUCUUGCGACGUACAAUGAUUUUGGUUACCUAGCGCAUGCAAU